CUACGAAUAAAUAAAAUAAAAUAAAACUACGAAUGCAAGGGAAGAAAGUAUUUGCCCUAUUUUGACACUAAGGGCGGUUUAAUUAUUCGUAGCUCGUAGUAGACGGACUCUUAGGCCAACCAAAAAAACCGAACGAUUGGCGGCAUGUCACACGGUAGAGCAGGUGAGUGGAUUAGCAAGGCUCCAUGAAUCAACCAGUUGUUUGGCCUUGAGACCAGCGGGCGGGAAAUCGGAAACAGCUGUAAGCCGAGAGGAAGAACAAAGUAAACAGAUAACUGACAGGUGACAGGACAACUUCUAUCCACACCACCGUGAGCUCUGGAUGGAUGCGGAGUGACAGAUUGCGCGAAAUGGUGUUACUUGCUGACGGACGGGUAAACCAUGGUUUUGAAGAUAAUAUGUCUGGAGAGACAGAGGGUGGUGGAGGGGGGAAGAAGGUGGACCACGCCACAAUCACCACCCCUACACUUCAGCGAAAGUUUAUACAGAAACAUGAGCAGUCUGUUAGUGUAGGGAGUGAUGAUUUUAUCUUGGUAGAGGAUCUUGGACCACAUCGCAAGAUCAGUGUGAAGGAAAAGGUUGACAACCUUGGACCAUGGGUGCAGAAAAAGUAUCGGAAGAGUAUGACAAUGAAGAAUCUCAUGAGGAGGCUCCCAAUUCUCCAGUGGCUGCCACAGUACAAUGCUGGAGAUGCUGUAGGAGACUUGGUUGCGGGUGUGACAGUGGGUUUAACUGUCAUCCCACAGUCUCUAGCGUACUCCAACAUUGCUGGACUUCCUCCUGAGUAUGGGUUGUACGGGUCAUUCCUAGGAGCCUUUAUGUACAUUUUUCUGGGCAGCUGCAAGGAUGUGCCGAUGGGUCCAACAGCUAUCUGCUCUCUCUUGACCUACACCACACUGAAGGGGCUCGGGCCACAGUAUGCCAUCCAGCUGUGUUUCCUCAGUGGUGUCAUCCAGCUUAUUAUGGGGAUUGCUGGCCUUGGUAUCAUUAUUGACUUUAUUUCUGACCCUGUUUCAUCUGGAUUCACAUCAGCUGUAGCGCUGCUCAUCACAAUGUCACAGGUAAAAGACAUUCUUGGAGUGAAAGCUGCUGGCUCAACGUUUGUGGAGAUGUGGAUAAGCCUGUCUAGAGAUAUCCACCACACAAGGCUCUGGGACACUCUAUUGGGCAUUGUCUGCAUCAUCUGUCUCUUGUUGUUGAGGAUGCUGGGAGACGUGAAGAUAGGGCCGGCUGAAUCUACUGGUAUCCCCUGCACUACAUUUCAGCGGACCUUCAACAAGAUCCUAUGGCUUAUCGGCACAUCUCGGAACUCCAUUCUAGUGGUGCUUGGUGGUAUCCUGGGUUACAAUAUCUACCAACCGGGAGUUCCAGACCACGAGCAAUCGCUGUUGGUUAUUGGACAUAUCCCUCCUGGACUCCCAGAAUGGGAACUGCCUCCGUUCUCAGUAGUCCAGAACAACAUGACUGUAGGGUUCCUAGAGAUGGUGAGCCAGAUGGGGCAAGGAAUUGUGGUACUCCCCCUCGUUGCUCUCCUGGAGAACAUUGCUAUAUGCAAGGCUUUCUCUAAUGGCAAGACAGUAGAUGCCACUCAAGAGUUGAUAGCAAUUGGACUCUGCAACAUUGGAAAUUCGUUCUGCAAGAGUUUCCCGGGUUCGGGAUCUCUGUCUCGGAGUGCCGUCAACAACUCUAGUGGUGUCCGCACUCCUCUUGGAGGUCUCUAUACAGGAAUCCUGGUGAUCACCUCUCUGUUAUUCUGUACUCCAUACUUCUACUACAUCCCCAAGACUGCAUUGGCAGCAGUCAUCAUUGCAGCUGUUGUCUUCAUGGUGGAGGUCAGGGUGGUUAAGCCUAUCUGGAGAUCCAAGAAGAGUGACCUUAUUCCUGGAAUUGCAACCUUCAUAGCUUGUCUAGUUCUUAGACUAGAGGUCGGUAUACUGAUUGGCAUCGGACUGAACUUAAUAAGUAUCCUGUACCACGCAGCAAGACCCAAGAUUUCCAUGGAGAUACUCAAGAGUCGUGCUGGUGUGGAGUACUUAUUGCUUACUCCUGACCGUUGCCUCAUCUUCCCCUCUGUGGACUACGUUAGCAACCUUGUGACCAAACACAGCAUCAAGCAGGGAAUCCCUGUUGUUAUAGACUGUUCUCACAUCUACGGUGCCGAUUUCACUGCUGCUAAGGUUAUAGAGGUUCUGACACAGGACUUCUCCAGACGCAAACAGCCUCUCUUCUUCUACAAUCUAAAACCCAGUGUGGUGGCAGUCUUUGAGGGUAUCAAGCCCAAGGACUUUGUUGUCUACUACAACGAACAACAACUGGACAAUAUGCUCCUUCAACACACGGCUAAUCUAAGAAAGAUUGAAUCGAUUGCGUGACAUUAGUUUUUCUCGACAGUUUAUUAUGUUGCCUCCGAUCUGCACAUCUACAGCAGAGGAGAAAAAGACUGCUUUGAUAAAGUUUUAAUUACUAGCUUAGUUUAAUUAGAUUUUCAUUUACAUUCAUCAACACUUUCUAAUCUGACACUAUCAUUCAAAUAAUAUUGGUCCAAAUUCCAAAAGUAAAAGAAUUUAUACUGUUAAUGUCUUAUUGUGGUACUAGACAAAUACCACAAACACAUCGAGUACAUGAAAGUGUGAUAAUGUACUCUGAAUCUAUGACUUUGUGGUUAUGUUUAUAGAACCAGUUUUUUGUCAUUUGCUAUUUCCAACAAAGAUUUGUUGGUCCAUUUUGUUAUAUUGGUCAAGUAAUUAGCUAAAACAAUCUUGUACUCAAGAAAAUGUUGGUAUAUACAUGUACAAGUCUUAUACUCUAAAGUUUGUGUAAUAUAGCUGUGUUGGAAACGAAUUAUUUGUUUACAUGGAACAUCUUUCUACUAGUCAAAAGGUCCAUUGUGAAUCCAGAGUAGUUAAUGGAAUCAUCUGGGAAUGUAACAUCUGCUAUAGCUAUACAUUUUUAUCUAGUUAUCAGAUAUGUUAUAGUGUUAUAUAUCUUCUUAUCAAAGCAGGCCCUCUCAUGAUGUACAAGUUUAUAUACUCAAAAGUUGCUGUUUCACUCUUAUUCAUUUUUGGAACAAAAACAAAUUGCAUAGGCAUCUAGUUUGCACUUUAUCUUUUAAAUGACAAAAUUUACCCUACUCAUCUCUUAUCUGAUUGGCUAGAGAAAUUGUUCAAAUAUGUGUUGCUGCCUAUAAAUUGUAUGUCUCUGCACUGUACUGCAAUCUAGUUCAUUUCUUUGUAUGGAAUCUAGUGUAUUCCUUUGUAAUCAUUUCAACUCUCAAACACAGCAUAAUUUGUCAUUAUUUCCAGAAGUCAUUACAUGUUUUACAAAUAAAAUAUUACCUUUAAUUAAUUUUUUACUUGUAGGGUUAUGUAAACUAUGUUUAAAACUUUUUUUAUCUGACUUAACAUUAAUAACUAUAUUGUUAAAAUAUAAUAUAUAUAUAUUUGUUAUAAAUAAAAUAAAAUAUUAAAUAAAUAGCUUUAAAUUUUGCCAGGUUACUUGCUAAUCAUUUGAAUGAUGUAUUGUUUAUCUCCAAGCACAAUUCCAUGACAUUUGCAACAAUUUUUGUCAUUUGAGAAACUGACAGAUGUUCUGCUUGAGACUUUCUUAUGAAGGGGAAAACCACUUGUAUGCUUUAUUUUAUUUUUUAGCAGUACUUUUAGCUAUUCCUAACAUCACAACAUUAAAAAACACAACAUAUUUCUCAGGAAGAACAAUUUUUAACCAGCCCCGGUAGAAGGAGGAAGCAAAACUAUUUAGCUGUAGGUAGGACACAAUCUUCCCUACUGGGGAAGUGCUAAGACUUUCAGACUCAGGGCAGAUCAUAAUUAACACUCUCUCCAACAGUACUUUUUAUUACACUAUCCUCUAACCAAAAGGAUUGUACAAAAAUUUAUAAUUUCAAAUUUGUUGUAUAGUACAACAAUUUGUAUGGUUACUAUAUGAAACUUUUAUAAUAAUAAAAUCUACAAAAACAAAAUGUUUGUUCAAUUUAUAAAAAUUCAGAUAUGUAUAACUGGAGUGUUGUGACAUACAUUUGGGCCAAAUGUACUAGAUUUUUAAAUGAAACUUAAAAUUCAGCUUGUUUUCCAUUUUAGCAAUGUUUUAAUGGGUUAAAUAACGUGUAUUGGUAAAACUAAAAAGAUAGUUGAUGCCAUUGUUCUUAUAUAAAUUGUAGGUUUAUGUAAGUAGCCUAAACAUUAAUGGUUUAAAAGAAUGUCAUAAAACAAGAUAUUAAAAAAAGUAUUAAAAGCAAGGGGCCAAGUUCCAGGCAAAUAUUCCCCAUCCAUCUGACCAUAGGAGAAUGGAAGAAAAAGUAAGUAAUCAUUCCUGGAACAUUUUUUAACCCUUAACAUGUGCAAUAAAGAAAGAUAAAUUAGAUAAUAUCUUUAUUAACAUUGUAUUAUCUUACUUUUGUUAUUUAUAUUAAGAUGAACAUUUUAUCUAACUUGUUUAUACAUUCAUAGAGCUUCCACUCCUGCAAGACUGCAAACAUUUUAUGCCUUCAUACAUUUUAAUUUUGAAUUCUAUAAAUAUAAUAUUAUUACAACAAUUUUACAGUUUCUGUGUUGCAAAACAUCCAAACCUCUAGUUACAAUGUAAUGAAAUUAAACUAAUUUUCUAUCACUUAAAUAUUAAUAUGAUAUGUAGCUAUUUACUUAUUUAUUAGUUUUUAAAAUCUUGUUAUUAUAUUUUGUGAUAUUCUUUGUUGAAAAUACAGUGUAAAUAUGAGGGAGUACCCAAAAGUUCUCAGAAUAGCUACGGACUAGGCUUGUGCAGUACAAACUUCUGCUGCUAGGUGUCGGUAGCACAAUUUAUCACUAUUUCAGUGUCACCUGGAUCGCUAACCUGGCUCAUUCUGUUCUUCUGUAGUGACAGUGUUGUUUGGUGUUAUUUUCAUUUGUUAUGAUAGAGUAAAGAGCGUGCAGCUAUGAAAUUUUAUUUCUUGUUAGGUAGAAAUGUCAUUGAAACGGUUUAAUGUUAAACACAGCCUACAAAGAUGCCGCUAUGGGAAAAACUCAAGUGUACAUGUGGUUUUCUUGGUUAAAAAAAAUGGAGACAGGCCCAUUGAUGACAUCCUCAUUCUAAAUGUCCAUCACCUGCCUGAAAAGAUGAUAAAGUUCAGAAAAUUUAAGAAAUUGUACUUUCAGAUCAUUGACUGAUCACUGAUCAAAUUUCAGAGAUUAGUGUGUUAUUUUGGAGCUCAGUUCAGUGAAUUUUAUCUGAAGAUUUUGGAAUGAGAAGGGUCCCUGCCAAAUUUGUGCCUCAUUCUUUGAGUCAUAAGCAAAGUAACGUCGAGUUGAAACAUGUUGUAAUUUGAUAGAACAACUUGAAACCGAUCCUGGCUUUGUUCAACAUUAAAACAGUAUCAACAGCGUUUUUCCUGAGCAGGAAACAAAAUUUUUAGCCGCACACUGUUCACUCAAACUUGCCAUCUUAAAAAGGAUAAAAGCAUGAAACAACAACAUGAAAAACUGUCACUACAGAAGAACAGAACAAGCCAGGUCGACGAUCCAGGUGACACUGAAAUGGCGAUGGUUGCACCUCUGACAUCUGGUGGCAGGUUUUUACUGCACAAGCUUCGCCCAAAGCAGAACUAUUCUUGGAACCUUUUGGUACCCCCUCAUAUGUUCUAACAAAGAAACCUCACUUAUGUAUACUUACCACUGAGUAUUAUUAAGAAUUAAGUGAUAUUUUAGGUGAUAUUGUUAUUAGCUAGUUGUUAAUUGCAAAAAAUAUUCACAUUAUUGUAUUAAAUUAAUUUCCUAAA